AUGCGCGCCCUCGAACGACUCGACUUUUCCAGAGCCGAAGCUGAGCGGGACUUUCUCUCUACUUCGCAAUCGGAGCAAAAGCCUAGUCUUUCCCCAUGGCAGAGCUUUACCCUGCUAUUCAAGAGAGGAUACCGUACUAGGACAACCCUGGCCAUCUUCAUUCUCGGAAUGAUUCAGCUGUCUGGCAUCGACGGCGUUGUCUACCUUUGCAACUGGAUCGUUGCCAUGAUCACCCCUAUCCUCCUCGACAAGUCCGCCUUUGGGGCUUACUUCCUCUUCGCCGGUCUGGCCUUCGGUACAACCGCUGUCCUGGCAGCUUACAUGCCUGAGACGCGCGGCCGGUCACUGGAAAGCAUCCAAGACGCCUUCCAUAGGCCUCCGUUCAAGGGUCUGGAUCACUACUUGGGACGUUUGAAACCCCGCCACCGAAGGGCCGUCCGGGAGGAAGACCCCACCGGCUCCGGUGUGGAGCUCGGCCCGUCCGGUCGGUCGGCCGCGAGCAGUGUGGUCGAUGCCGCUUCGAGCGGGCUACGGCUUGACGUUUCAACGUAG